AUGGGCGCCCUCUGCUGCAAACCAGAAGUGAUAGACUUUGACGGUCCCGUCGAUCUCUACCACUUCUACCUUCUUCGCGCUGUCGGCAAAGGCGCCUUUGGCAAAGUCCGCGUCGUCCAACACAAGCAAACCAAAGAUCUCUAUGCUCUCAAAUACAUCAACAAAGCCAAAUGCAUCAAGAUGCGCGCCGUAUCCAACAUCAUCCAAGAACGACGUCUUCUGGAAGAGAUCGAUUCGCCUUUCGUCUGUAACCUCCGUUAUGCGUUCCAAGACGAUGAAAACAUGUUUAUGGUUCUUGAUCUCAUGCUUGGUGGCGAUCUUAGGUUUCAUUUGGACAGGACGCGCAAUAUGAGCGAACAGGUCGUAAGGUUUUACCUAGCAGAGCUGGCACUCGGCUUGGAUUAUUUGCAUAGACUGCAGAUCGUUCAUAGGGAUUUAAAGCCGGACAAUGUGCUUUUGGAUGAAAAGGGACAUGCUCAUUUGACGGAUUUCAAUAUUGCCGUUCAUUUUUCACCCAGUAGACCUCUCACCAGUAUUGCGGGAAGCAUGGCCUACAUGGCGCCCGAAGUGUUGACCAAGAGGGGUUAUUUGAGUUCCGUUGAUUGGUGGUCCUUGGGCGUCCUUGCCUAUGAGUUGUUGUUCGGCAGACGGCCCUUUAGAGGCAAAACCAACUCGGCCUUGACACAUUCCAUCUUGAAUGAUAGGUGUACCUUUCCCGACAAUGUCGAGACUAUUGUCAGUAGGGAGACGGUUUCAUGUAUCAAGUCGCUCUUGCAACGAGAUCCAAGCAAGAGGUUGGGCUGUAGGAGUGGUAUAGACGAAUUCAAAUCGCAUCCAUGCUUUGCUAGUAUGGAUUGGCCAGCUAUGGAAGCCAAACGUCUACCUCCUCCUUUCGAACCCGAUAGCAAGAAGGCCAAUUUCGAUGCAACUCACGAAUUAGAAGAACUCUUACUCGAAGACAAUCCUUUGAAGGCCAAGAAGCGCAACGGUAAUGCUGACUUUGACGCUCUUCCACCAGAAAUGAGACAGAUGGAAGAAAACUUCUUACCCUUCGACCAUCUCAAACAACGUCGCAAAUCUUACUUUAGAGGUCCCAGGGCUAACGGAACUGCUGCUACUCCUCCAACCACCGCAGCAGCGGCAGGCAUAGCGGCGGUAGCAGAACAGGACAGAGUAUCGCAAAUAUCAAGCAUGACACAUACUUUGCAGGAUCAACCCUUGUCCGAGACUGCUCCUCCCCACAGUGCCGGCUUGGUGGCGGAAGGCAGAUUGACAGCGAUUCCAACGGAUGGUGGUAGAGUCAGGUCUAUUAGUCCCAAUGCUUCCGUGGAGAGGUUUAACGAGAAAGAUCAAUUGGCCCUACCGCAAGCGAGAGGUGGACAUCCCUUGGCACAGACAUAUAAUGCUCCUUCCACUUCGGCCAUGAUGGCGAUUGUAGAGCAUCCAUUAGCUACUGGCGCUCUGCGUGAGUUUGAUGAGAAGCGCACCGUUCAGUAG